AUGCAGCCAUUACUUCGCACCUCGACGCGGAGACUUUUCCAACCUUCGGCCUCUAUCCGCCCCCUCCUCUCCACCCGCACAUACUACAGCUACGAAACCCCCCUCCCACCACCCUACCCACCAACCGAAACUGCAAUCCUCUCUUCCGCUCUCCUCCACGUUCCCUCCUCCGGCUGGACACCGCAAUCUCUUCGUCAAGGCGCCCGCGAUGCAGGAUACCUAGAUGCCUCUACAAACCUAUUCCCAAAAGCCGAAUUUGAGCUGGUGCUUUACCAUCUACGGACGCAGAGAUUGGGGUUGAAGGAAAGAGUGCAAUUUGCAGAAGAAGCUGGAUUGGGUGUUACGGGGAAAGUGAGUGCGUUGGUUAUGGAGAGGUUGAGGGGGAAUGUGGAGGUGGGGGUGCAGGGGAGGUGGCAGGAGGCAUUAGGUCUCAUGUCCCUAGCUGGAAAUAUCCCCCCUUCCCUCCGCGAACUCUUCCUCCUCGCCGACGAAAUGUGGUUCCUGGCUGGUGAUGAAGCGGUGGACAGUUCAUGGUACACCAAGCGUGCGACAUUGAGUUCCAUCUAUGCGGCCACAGAGACAUAUUCGACGACAGACAAGAGCACGGAUUUCAAAGAUACAGAGGAGUUUUUGAACAGGAGGUUGGAGGAGGCGAGGGUGGUGGGAGGUGCGUACAGGAACUUCAGAGAGUGGAUUGGUUUCCAAGGCGUGGCUACUGUUAAUAUGGCUAGGAAUUGGGGCGUGAGGAUAUGAGUGGGAAAGGAAGAGACGGAGGAUGAAGUGUAAGAAUACGAAUAAGAAAUGAGGAUGACUUGGUCAUAUUGAGAGCGAUGAAGCUUUCAGAGAUCAUUAUUAAGUCGUUUUUGAGGAGGAAGACAUGUCCACUACUGAGAGCCUUUCAAACAGCUCUCCUCUCCGGACAAAUGAUCGAAUGACCAAAACAUUGCGCAUUCUGAUGGCUAAACAUUACUGCACGCGAUGGCCGGGUUGCGCAUGUCGUCACUUUGAAGUUUCUCCAUGCUAUCAGUUAAGCUACAACCACCCGAGUCUUAAGAAGGGUGACCAACAGCCAUCAUCCCAACAUUCUCAAUUCGCCGUCCUAUUCGCCGUCCUCGGAACGACCAGAAGAUGGCAGACGACCAACAGCACCAUCCCAUCUAUCGCCUGGCAACAGGAAGAACACUGAUCCCAACUCGCCCAUCGAUCAUCCUGGAGUCGCCAACUGCGAUUCGACACCUCCUGCAAG